AUGGUCGGAACACACUUCGCCCCAAAAAGCGAGGAUGAGAAGUUUCGGCAAUGGCUCGAGGGUCUCGCGCCUCAAACUCCUUCGCCGAAGAUUCGGGGCUCAAUUCGUGACUUUCGACCAAUCCCCAAUGUGCCGCAGGAGAAGCUCGCGAGGCCUCACGGGACACAGCGUUCGGAAGCAACCGGCGUCAAAGGUGCUUCAACCCCUGAUGAGAAUGACGAGCGCAUGAACGGGGCCAAGUUUCCUGCCGAGAGAUCCAUAAGUCCCAACGCCCGCGCCAGGAUCUCACGCGUCGCUGGUUGGGAAUGCGACGUCGACACUUGGGAUCAGCUGUACGAAGCUCUUCCCCAAAUCAUGAAUUCUUUUUCCAAGAGACUUGGAAUUGCCGCUUUCAUGAAGGCAUUCCCGUUCUCCCUCCAUGAUCUGGUCAGCAGCGGGGACAUCAUCACGCAGAUGCGUUUUAUUCUACAACCCAGCAACUUCAGGCCGCCUGACACAGUUGAGCAUGUGGGUGACAUGGCCAGGCGUAUGACCCUCUCGGACAAGAUGAAGAUGUGGAGGAGAUCCCUCCCCGAAGCAAGCUCUCCAUUUGUCAUGUCAGGCAAAUCUGAGUUCCAUAUGCCACGGACAGAAGCCGAAUGGGUUGUCUCGCGGUUUUUGAAGGAACUCUCCCUUCACCCGGUUUCUCCGAGCGAUGCCCGUUCGCACGUACGGAUUCGCGAACUCAUUCUAGAGGAGUUCCGCUUCGCACCUCUGGAGCCUCUGGAGGCCUGGAUGUCGCCCAAGACCCUUGCCAAGACCAUCGGCUUCACUGUUCUCGAGACUGAGAGCGAAGCUCCGUGGCCGCAUGGCCCAAGUGCUAAAAACCAGGGUCCCAGCCCCGUGCCCUCGUCAAGAGAGGGCUUGUUUAGCGGACAGCAAGCUUUCCGUCCGCCACCGAAAGAAGCGUCAGACUGCGAGUCAGAUUCCUCCGAAAGGCCAUCCGUUCAGGACUUGUCCGUGGAGACCGAGGAGCUCUCCAUAUCCGAGAGCUCAGAGGAUGAGAUCGUCAGGCUGCAAAGUCCCAAUGACGAGGUUUCUCCGCUCGUAAACACGGUUGCUCACCGGUUACUUCGCGAAUAUCAAGAGCGCACAAGCCGAGCAAGCCCGCUGCAGAUUGGCAACCUCGCCAUCCCCUCUGCCCCAACCGGACAGGGCUCUCGGGCCAAGAGAGCGUUCGACGACAGACAGGACGACCAGGAACCCGAUGGGGAUGAUUGGGGCAAACGCCCGCCCAGGAGGCAGAAGCUCGAUACCCCUGACAAGGGGAGGCCAACAACCAAGUCGCUGGCAUGUCCAUUCUGGAAGCUCAGCCCGAGCGAGCACCGGGCGUGUUUCAAGCUCACGCUCGAUGGCAUUUCCCGGGUCAAACAGCACCUCGGCCGGAAACAUGCGCCUGAGUUCUACUGCGAAUACUGCAUGGCCGUGCUGCCCGACAAGCAAGCCCAUCAGGCCCACGUCGAGGCCAGGGCCUGCUCGUACCGCGCGUGCCGGUUCCCAGGUAUUACGCACCAGCAGCAGCGCGAGCUCUCGCGCAGGUCCAAGCCGAACCUGUCCGAGCCGGAGCGGUGGUUUGCCAUCUGGGACAUUGUGUUCCCCGACCAACCGCGGCCCGCCUCGCCGUACAUUGAGACCGAUCUCUCCGAAGACCUGUGCCAGUUCAAGGAGUUCGCCGAGGCCUUUGGGCCCGCGAUCGUAGCUGCACAGAUGCAAUUGGGGCUGGCCGACGCGGAACCAGGCGAGGCUGCAGAAGAGAAGAGCACCCACAUUUUGGAGGAUGCAAUCUCCCGCGGCCUUACCCUGCUGUUCGAGACAUGGCUGGCUGGGCGUGGCGGCGCACCUCCUCCGCCGCCGAGUCAGAGUUCGAGUCCGGUCCAAGAGACCGCAGCACCGAGCGGUCCAUCGUCAUCAGAGGAUCAGCCAAACUCGAGUAGUUCGCAUCCCACAAAUCUUGCGUCUUCUGACGGAGGGUUCUCCAUACCCACAGCAACGGACGAACUCCAGGACUCACCGAGUCAUCUCUUCCCCUGGGGGCAGUGGGCUUCCAGCGGACAAGGCGGGAGGUCCAAUCACGGCUCAACAUCCUGCCCUCCGGCUGUUGUAGAAUCAGAUCUGGAAUGGCUGAACCAGUUGGGAGGCGAAACGGGAGGUGCUGGUGUAUAUGAACUUGGCGAAGGAUCAGACACUUGGGAUUUGUGCUACUGA